UGAUAACUAUUGGAGCGUGGUCCUAUUUAUAAACGAAUGUUUAAAGAUAAAGGCGAACAGUAAGGGUACCGUCAGAAAAUUAUGUACGAUUUGAACAAAGAACCAUGAGAAAUGUCAGCUUGACGAAAGCAGAAAAGAGAUAUCAACAAAUCAUUCAGAACGUUGUACGUUGUACAUGCAUUUUGUAAUAUCUGCUAAAAAGACUAAAUGAACGAAUAAACAAGCACCAUCAUAAUAUUACCAUAGACAAAAACAGACUGAGAGCACAAAGGUCAGAGGUUACCAUGGAGAUUGUGGAUCUGCCAGAGGAGAUGCUACUUCUGAUAUUCUCCUAUAUCCCUCUCUACAAUCUGUUCUUCUCUGUUCAGAAGACUUGUCUGGCUUGGAGAAAUCUCUGUUUCCACCACAGUUUGUGGACAACAGUCCAUUAUAGCAAGCAAAUUGAUGACAAGUUAUCAAAGGAGGAAUUGCAUUUAGUUCUGAAGUAUGUUGCUAGGGGACUGCAGCAUCUAGUUUUUGAGAAACCAUUUCAACUCAAAGAAAUGGAUUUUAACUUUCAUAAAAUACUCCAAUGUAUUCUACAUGAAGAUAUAGAUUUGACAAAUAUUUCAACACUAAAGAUUCCUUCUAUCCCAAAAAUGUAUCUUGAACCAUUGGUAGAAAAGUGUUCUAAUUUGUCCUCGGUUGAGGUAAGCUAUUAUUAUGCUUACUACAACAAUGGGGAUUUCUUUGAAAAUAUGAAAAAACUUCCUCAUCUAAAAAUAUUUAAAAUAACAGAAAGUUCAAAAUCAGCAGAAGCCAUUGUAGAGCCAGCUCAUCACCUGCAGGCCACAUUUAAUGCCUUCUUGUCAGAUAUGUUUUGUACUCUGACAGUUUUAGAAACAGUUCAUAUUGCUAGUGUGAACAAAUUGAUGGACUCAACACUACAAGCUCUUCUGAAAAACUGUAGAAAUCUGAAGGAAUUGGCCCUGUAUGGCUGUGAUAGUAUAUCUAAUGCUGGGUUUAAGGCUUUAUCAGAGAAGUCAGGGAUAACUUCUCUUCACCUGAAUUCUACAAGUGUCACCGACAAGGGCAUGGAACACAUCUGCAGAUGCUGUCAUAAUCUGCAAAGUGUGUCAUUUGCAGGUUGUAUGUAUGUCACAGAUGUGUCCAUCAAACACUUAUGUACACAUUGUCCAAACCUUGAAUCUCUGUGUGUCGCUGAUCCUGAAAUCUUUUAUCACAAGUCUAACAUUACAGAUGGUGGACUGGACUAUCUGUCACAAUAUACAGGAGCCCUACAAUCUCUAACAAUGUGCAACAGUGCUCAGAUCUCAGACCUGGGACUAGACCAGUUAGCUAGAAGCUGUAGUAAACUCACACAUUUAGAUGUGUCUGGCUGUCUGUCUGUCACAGAUAGCACACUACAAGUUCUAGCGCAACACUGUACAUUCCUUCAGAAUGUGAACUUCAGUGAGUGUGUUCAUCUGACAGGGAAAGGAAUUAAUCCACUCGUUGUGUCUUGCAGAUGGUUACAAACCCUCAAUGUGGCUAAUUGUCCGUUUGUGGAAAAUCUUGAUUUUGAAGCUUUUGACCUAAUGGAAUCUCCAUAUGAGAGAUAUUUCAAAGAGCGUGACAAAUUGUUAAUUUCUUGUGGGACAUUGGAAAUGCUUGAGAACAAUUUACAGAACUGUGACAAAAUACAGCAGGAGGUGGAAUUUUCACCACCAAGAAAAAAUCAAGCCAGAUUAAACUUUUUAAAUACUUUGUCUUCAUCAGUUCCUGAGCCAAAAAUCCAUUCAGAGUUACGAUUCUUGAAUAUUGGAUUAUGCUCUAAGAUUACAAACCAGUGUCUUCGGCAGAUAGCUACCUACUGCCCUGACCUUAGGAGCCUGGAUAUCAAUGGCUGCUUCAACACUUCAGACCUUGGAAUAUCCUACAUUGUCAAAGGCUGCCAGAGUCUAGAAAUCCUGAACCUCUCUAGUGGCUCAAUGAUACAGAAAAUGUGUCAGACAGACCAAUCCCUGGAAUUAAUAGCCACACAUUGCAAGUGUCUCCGAAGACUCCACAUAGAAAAAAAUCCCCUCAUGUCCCUGGAGGGGUACAAGAAUCUCUUCAAUAAUUGUCCUCUCCCCUUUACUGUGUCCCUGACAACCAAAUCUCCAGAGAUCUUAAGGAGUGACCUCUUGUCAGUAGACAGCUCUAACAAGACGAAAAGGAUCAAUGUGUUCAGUAAGGGCUGUUUUAAAGGCAAUCUUCAUCAGUUAGAUGUCCUUCUGUACAACUCAGAUGGGAAUAUCCUAGAGUGAAAAAUACAUGAACAUUUGUGUGCAAACAUAAAAAUAACCUCUUGUUAAUCUGUUGUCCUAUUCGUAAACUCAUUUGUACUGUUAUUUUUGUAAUGAAAUGUUCUGUUAAAUUUUCAUGUAGUCAGA